CGGGGCGGGAGGGCGCCUGUGCCAGGGGCUUCUGCCCGCGCCCCUGGGAGCAGGGCGGGCUCCCGACGCCGGGCGGCCGCACACCUGGCCGGGGCGCCCCCCAGCCAUCCUGGAAUACAGCACAGAACCGGGGAAGGGGCUGCGCGGGGGCACGGCUGGGUCCCUCCCGGGACGCGAACGCAGAAAGCCGGGCAGGCGGCGCCCUGGGGGGUUGAGCCGCAGCCGGAGGCAGCGGGCGCUUUGCAGGAGGGCGAGCGCAGCCUUGGGGCCGGGGCCGCUCGCGGGGCGCCAGGCUCAGAGACCAGAGGAGGAAGGGGUCGGUCUCUGCUGGAGGGGGGGUGGCAGAACGGCCGGAGCUGCUGGAACUCCGGUGCGGGGGGCGCUCCCACCCCCACGGCUUGAAGUGGCUCCAUCAUACCCAGGGUUAGCGUUUGGUUCCCUGGCUCUCAGCACCCGCGCUAGACACGCUGUUCCAGCGCCCUGCAGGGGCCGCAGCCGGAUCCCGGGAUGGGAGAUGUGAGGGCCAGGACCCGGGGAGCCAGCGCUAGGCCCCCUGCGUGUCUCUGCCCCCAGAGCCGGCAGGGGCUCCCAGGGGUCCUCGCCCCAGGUGGGCGCCAGGCCCUGCCCUCGGUGCUCGCGGCUCCCAGACAAUCCCAUGGACGGGAGUCCCGCUGGCGACUCCAACUCGGCUGGGUCUUCCCCAGGCGGGGCUGCAGGAAGGGACCGAUCCCCGCGGGCAGAGUGCGGGUCCCGCCGGGGCUGAGUCGGGCCGGGGCUCCCUGCGGGCGGGGACUCGCCCCGAGGCAGGUCUCUCUCGUCCAGCCCCUUUUCCUCGCCCCCAGGCCCCGCUCCCGCCCCAGAGACAGAGGUGCUGGAACUAGGGCUGCUGGGGGAGCGGUUUCCAUCCUGCUCAGGGUAUAAUGGCUCUCAGCGCCCCGUUCAACGUUGUUCCAGCGCCUCUGCCCAAAGAUGCUGUAAAAUGGCGAAGUUUGGCUGUCCCGGCGGGUCCCGGCUCCAGCCCGGCCCUUCCCCGCCCUCGGGCUCGCACUGCCCGAGUCCAGUUGGCCCUGGCGCACCCACAGCUCCGCCGCCUCGCUCUCCCCGCCACAGCAGCUGCGCCAGCCGGGGCCCAGCUCGCUGCGGCCCGGGCCCGGCCCAGCCCGGGUGUAGGGCCCCGGCCAUCCCGCUCCCAGGCCAGCAGCGCCUUCCUCUGGCUCUCCGGAGUGCCCCCCGCGCAGCGCGGCCUGUCCCGGCCUGGGCCCGGGGAAAGGGGCCUCGCUCCCCUGGGGGCGCCUGUUCUCCCCAGCAAGCCAGCCCGAGCUGGGGCGCUUCGGGGAAGCCCGACCCGGCUCCUUCGCUGGGUUUUGGGCCUCCUGGUGCCAAAAUCGCCGCUGGCGGCUCGAAUUGGGGCGCACCAGGGAGGCGGGAGAAAGCGGGGCAGGAAGGCGAGGGGCUCCUGACCCCCCCAGCACCCUUGGCCCACGGGGCUGGCCCUGGAGGCCGGGCCCCGCUCGUCGGGUUUGGGGUCAGAACUGGAGCGGGUGUUCCCCCGGGCUGCGGGCGGGCGGGCGCUGGGAAGGGGCCGCUCCAGGUCAGCGGGUGCGUGUAAGGCAGGAAGGGGGCAGAGGGGGCCCGGCCGGGGAGCGGCAGGUGGCCUGGCCCCUCCGCCCCCCGCUCAGGUGGGGCUGGGGCUCGCAGGCGGCGCUGGCAGCGGCGGGAGUGAUGUCACCUUCCCCCAGCGCCUGCAGGGGCUUCCCCCCUCCCCCGCCCGGCCGCGCAGAGAAGCCCCGAUAUAAGGGGUGGCACAAGGCAGCGCAGCAGCCAGUGCGCAGACGAGGCGGCGCAGCCCCGGCUCCCCGGCAGGACUCGCCCUCUCCUCCCCAGGUGGCGGGGGCAGCCCCGCGCUGGAGGCCAUGGAGGUGCCGAGCCACUCGAGGCAGCUGCUCCUGCAGCUCAACACGCAGCGGGCCAAGGGCUUCCUGUGCGACGUGAUCAUCGUGGUGCAGAACGCGCUGUUCCGCGCGCACAAGAACAUCCUGGCGGCCAGCAGCGUCUACCUGAAGUCGCUGGUGGUGCACGACAACCUGCUCAACCUGGACCACGAGAUGGUGAGCCCGGGCGUCUUCCGCCUGGUGCUGGACUUCAUCUACACCGGCCGGCUGGGCGAGUGCGAGCCGGGCGAGCCGGGCCUGGGGGCCGUGCUGGCGGCCGCUAGCUACCUGCAGGUGCCGGCCCUGGUGGCUCUGUGCAAGAAGAAGCUGAAGCGGUCUGGCAAGUACUGUCACCUGCGAGGCAGCUACAGCCCCUACAGCAAGGUGGCCAGGGGGCUGCGGGCCGCCCCUGUCAUCCAGGCCUGCUACGCGGGUGCCCCCCGGCCUGUGGAUGUGCAGCCUGGCGAGCCCCUCAACCCACUCAGCACCCAGUGUGGGGAGCUCUACGCCUCCACCGCCCAGGGCCCCGCCCUGCACCAGCCGGGCCUGUGCCCACCCGAGAGGCACUGCUCUCCGCCCUGCGGCCUGGACCUCUCCAAAAAGAGCCCCACCAGCCCUUCCUCCCAGCUGCUGCCCACAGACAGACUCCACCCCGGGGACAGCAGGGAGCCCUUGCUGGCCCCCGGGCACGACAGCCCGCCGGGCAGCGCUUCUCUGCUGGCCAGCCACGGCUCCGCCUACAAAGACCCCCCCCAGGUGGGCGAAGGCGUGAUCCACCCCGCAGAGCGCUUCCGUGGCAGCCCGCCCUGUGUCGAGCCCCCUGCCCGGGCCGAGGGCCACGACUUCCUGUACCGCUGGAUGAAGCACGAGCGAAUGGGCAGCUACCUGGAGGAGUGCGAGGCGGAGAAGGAGCCUGAGCGGGAGGAGAAGGCCGAGUCGCCCCUGCAGUCCCGCUACCCCAGCAUCGAGAGCAACGAGCUGGAGAACGACAACAGCACCAGCGAGGACACGGGCAGCAGCGAGGGCCCAUCUCCCGGGGGCACCCUGGGCCCCUACUGCAACCACCUGGCCUACGAGCCCGAGAGCCUGGGGGACAACCUGUACGUGUGCAUCCCCUGCGGCAAGGGCUUCCCCAGCUCGGAGCAGCUCAACGCCCACGUGGAGGCCCACACCGAGGAGGAGCUGUACCACAAGGCGGCCUCGGAGCAGGCCGGCCCCUUCCUGGACAAGGGCGGCCAGAGCCUGGGCGACAUCAUCCGGCCCUACCGCUGCUCCUCCUGCGACAAGGCCUACAAGGACCCGGCCACGCUGCGGCAGCACGAGAAGACGCACUGGCUCACGCGGCCCUACCCCUGCACCAUCUGCGGCAAGAAGUUCACGCAGCGCGGCACCAUGACCCGGCACAUGCGCAGCCACCUGGGCCUCAAGCCCUUCGCCUGCGACGCCUGCGGCAUGCGCUUCACCCGGCAGUACCGGCUCACCGAGCACAUGCGCAUCCACUCGGGCGAGAAGCCCUACGAGUGCCAGGUCUGCGGCGGCAAGUUCGCCCAGCAGCGCAACCUCAUCAGCCACAUGAAGAUGCACGCGGCCGGGCCCGACGGCAAGUCCAAGCUGGACUUCCCUGAGAGCGUCUUCGCCAUGGCACGGCUCACGGCCGACCAGCUGGGCCUCAAGCAGGAGAAGGCGGCGGAGCUGCUCUCGCACACCUCGCACUUCCUCAGCGACCCCAAGGGCCUGGAGAGCCUGUACCCGCUGGCCCGAUUCACAGCCGAGCACCUGGGGCUGAGCCAGGAGAAGGCGGCCGAGAUGCUGGGUCCAGGCCUCACACCUGCACAGCGAAGGUGGCCGGACCAUAGAGUGCUAUUCACCCACCUAACAGAGCAUCCCUGGCACCCACGGCCGCCAGAGCCAAAGAAGCCAUGUGGCCACAGAGUCUCCCAGAGCCCGUGGUCCCCUCCCCAGAUGGACUCUCAGUAGCAUUUGGGGAGUGGGAACUUUUCCCUGAAAAUGUGCAGUGGCUGAAUUCUUCUUCCAGCCCCCAUCCAAUGGGGACAGACCAGACCCACCAAAGAGCGGGGGGAGGCAAAGCCUCACACAGAGGGUCCCCCACGAGUGGCGCUGGGGGGAACAUGCUGCAGGGUUGGGGCUGUGUUUACAGCUGGGCGAUGGCUUGGUGCAAAGAGUGGGGUGAUGGGGUGGGAUAGUGAUCAACCCUACUUACUGGCCCACAACAUCCAUCCCUUCCUGCGUCCUGUGGUAGCAGCUCCCUGGAGGGCUGCCAGGAGCAGUGCCCAGAUACGACGCAGCCGGUACCGUGCCCCUGCCUUACCUGGACAGCCACCAAGUGCCCAGCAGCGCCUGGUGCCUCCCUGCACAAGGACUUUUCCAUUAAGGAAAAUGUGAACCUGCCUCCUACCUCAGGAGCCAGUCGCUUCCCCCGCUGGGACGGGGCCAUGGCUGUCCCCCCCACACCCUCCUUGCUGCAGACGGGCCCAGUACGAGCACAAUAACCCAGCUCUGUGCCCACUGCAUAAAUCUUCCUGGCCUGCGCCUGCCCCCCAGUCCUAGGGUGCCUCUGCUCAGGUCCCCUUGGAGCCCAGCUUCCCAGUGAGGCCAGGCCCGGAGGAGUCAGGGGCUCUGUGAGGGACACAGACAUUUGCUGCAGCUCCGCUUUGCGCCUCAGUGAACAGCGGCUUCCGCAGCUGCCUUCAGCUGGGACCCCCCGGCUUUGCUCACCAGCCCGAACUCUGGCUCGAGAUGCAAAGGCACACGGGCCCCCUCAAUCAUCCAGGGCUGGCCCACUGGGCAGGGUCAGUGCCUGCUGCAGGGAAGGGAGCCUGUCUGGGGGCGGGGUUCAGGAAAGGAUCUUACCCAGAGUGGCCUUGUCCCAGCAGCUGGGCGCUGCCCUCCUUGUGGAGCAGUGGCAUUUCAGCGGGAGCUGCCCGUGAGUGCAGCUUUGUCCAGUGGCUGGAUCCCUGCUGGGUGGAAUGGGAGCAGCCGAAGGGUUUGAUCUACCAAGGCCUCCGCAGGCAUCUCUACGCUCUGGCCCCGCAAACCCUGCCCAGAGCCUGGGCCUGGCAUGUGCCUCUUGCUGCAGAGCCCUGGUGGCUGGGGCAGCUCUUCUCCCAGCUCUGACUGCAGCGGGGCCUGGCUGGGGGAUGGGGUGGGAGAAUGACCCAUCUCCCCCGCCCACCUCUGAGCCCUCCUAGCCCAAAGCUCCUGCUGCUGGGCCUGGCUCCCAAAGACCCUCCUGGGCCCCAACUAGCUGAGCAGAAACCAAAGCAACCACCGGAGGAGGAGGAGGAGACCCAGUCCCUGCACCCUCGCUGUACUCAGGGAUGUCCCAGUGUCCUGCCUGACCCUGGCCAGGCCCAGCUGCCUCAGAGGAGAAUUCCUGCCCUGGGCGAUUCCAGAGUCCCCCCCCCCCCCUUCCCCGGGCGCAUGGAUCUGGGGCCCGGCUGUCCAUAGACUGAGCCCCUGGGAUGCAUCCCCCCCCCCCACCCCCAGUCUCUACUCUCUGGGAUCACAGGUGGGAACCAUGAUGCUGGGGGUGUGAAUGCUGCUGUUUCUCUGGGGGUCUCUGCUAGGAGGUGGGCUGGAAGCAUGAGGCCAUGGGAGUAGUUUGUUAAAACCCUGCUUGGGCUUUCCCAGGGGUGGGCUCCUCUCCUCCCUUACUAGGCUGCAGGGGGAGAGCUGCCCCCUCCCAGGGCUGGUGCCCAGAGCAUGCAGGCAGGGGAGUGACGCCAGGCUGUCAGUGUGGGGAAGGGGGCCAGGCUGCUCUCCCCUCACUGUGCUCCUUGUACCAAAGGGCUGUGACCCUGGGAAGACGACCCAACUCAUCUCCCAGCAGCUCUGGUGGGAGGCCCCCUCUCCUCUGCUCCCUGGAGGCUCAGUCCGGGGCCAGGAGCUUGUGACAAAGACAAAAUGGCUCAGUCUCCUGCCUUGCUGGGCACCCCUGGGCAGCAGGGCUCUGCCAUGCCCAGGCCAGGGUGGUGCUGAGAGCUUUAUGCUGAAGCCCAUGGUGGGCAGUGUAAGGGCCAAUGACACGGGGUGGUGGUGGGGGGAGCGGUUAGGUCUCUGCCCUGCUGGCCAAUGGAGACAGGUGUUGCAGGGCUGCAUGCAGGCGCCUCCCCCCGUCCCCCAUGAUAGCACCCUGAGCUUGACCCUCGGGCCGGGCCAGCUGCACUGAGGAGGCAGAUCCUCCCCGCACUCCUGGGUUAAUGGGGCACAAGAUCCAGGUGCUCCCAAGCCCAGAGCCCUGCCUGGGGCCUUCCUUGCUCUGUCCAGGCAGAGCCACCAAAGCCGUAGGGGCUGGGGAGAGCCCUGCCGUGAGUGACCCAGGCCUGGGUCCCAUCCCACCCCCGGGUCCCAUCCCACUCCCGUCUGGCCUGCAGGAUAAUGUGAAGCUCUUUUCCCUGCCUUUGUCUUUUCUCCUUUGCACACGAGGCCGAGGGGGCCGCCCCACGGUGACUGCUCCUGGCCUCCAACCAACUGUGCCUUUAGCCUGACCGGCUGCUCCUCCAAGGGGGCUUGGGUGCAAAUGCUCCCAGUGCCAAAUGUCCGUGCCCCCAGCUCAGGGGCCUCUGGCUGGCAGUGACUCAGGGCACCGACCCUGCCUCCCCUUUCCAGCUGCACAGGAACUUGGGCACCAAAGGGCUCCCCGGGCACCAAACGGGCUUCCCAGGCAACUACAGGCUUGGCUAGGGCCAGGAAUCCCAGGCCAGAGCCCAACACGGGCUGCCCUUAGCCUUGCAGCCAUUAGGGACAACGCUGCAGAAGCUGCGACCAAAACGCAGGGGGAGGGGGCGUAUCCAGUGCGUGGAUCCAGGUCUCCCUGCCCCCUCCCGGUUUGUAUAUUCUUCUGAUUUGUACACGGGCAUUUUGUCCUGUCCUUUUCUAUACUCAAAACCAAAUGAGCAAUAAAGUGACAUUAAACCUGA